UUCUGAUUAGCUGACCGACUGGAACGAGUUUCUUACGCUAAGUUUGAUUCGACAAUAAAGAGGGCAAAGCAAAAAGCAAGAUGUCUGCGCCCAUUGCAUCGUCGACUGCAGCGAUACUAUUCCUGGUGGUGAUCGGAUUGUGCAUUGUAUGGGCAGACGAUGAGUUUGAAGGGGGGUCAAGGACUUUGGUGUUGGAGCACAGUUUUGAUUCUGGUUUGAAUCCAUCAUUUACCAAAAAAGGAAUGGUAGUUUUAAAAUCUGUGAAGGGAAAUCGAGCAUUCUUCUCUUCUGUUGCUCCACUGACCUCAGAUGAACUGGAGAAACUAAAGAUGUUGGCCAAGAAAAAUGACAUUUACCGCUUGAGGCUUCAGACAGGAUCUGGAUCAUCAGGGGAGGACUAUGUCACUACAUACACUCCAGCGUGUGGUAUCAUGAGUUCCAAUUUAUCAGACCACGUCUGGAUUCACUUUGACCAAACAGGAGAAGUGAUGGGUAUCUCCUUGGAGACGGCCACCUCCCAGUGUGUUAAUGGGGACAACUUCUCCAUACAGGACUGGAACACAAGUGUAGAGGUCACACAGACACUGCUUGGUCCAUCACCUGAUACACAAAGUUAUAUAGAAAAAUUGAAGAGAGAAGAACAAGAGAGGGCCAAAGGUCAAACAGAGGACAAAAGGUCAUUUUUGGCCAAAUAUUGGAUGUACAUAGUCCCUGUCGUGUUAAUAAUGAUGUUGUCAGGGGGCGGGGAUCAGCAAGGAGGGGGAGGCGGCGGAGGAGGUGGUCAGUGAACAAAGGUCAAAGGAUACCAGAAAGGUGAAGGACAUUCCAAAACAACCUGAUAUUUUGAACUUUUCAAUGAUAAUGAAAAAUUAUAUCGUCUGAAAUAAAUCAUUUGAGGUAAAAAAUAAUGAUAGAACUGGAAUGAAGUGAACUCGUCAAGUUAAUUUGCAAUGUCACUGCCUGUUGUAAAAUGUAUGUGCUCAGCUGUAAUUGUUACAAGAAAGGGACAAAGAUGUUUUGUAUGUUUAAGAGUACUUUGUAUUUACUAGAGCGUCAGAAAAAAGUGCUUUUAUCAUGUUGUGUACAAAUGGAUGGAAUCUAAUGUUUGUAAUUUUUGUAUUGUGACAAAUUGUGUGUGUAAGAUGUCCUUUGAAAUGACAAAAGCUGUGGUUAUGAGUGCACGAGUAGUCGAUACGAAUUGUAUUUAUUCCAUGCAGUUCAGUUGUGUAAUGAUUCAGUAUAAAACUUCUCCAGUUUGUGUUUGUUACGUAAAAGUAUGUUCAUAGUACGGUACAAUUGUAAGAAAUAAACAGUAUAAUCUUUUAGAUGAUAACAUGUUUUCUUUGGUAGUUCAUGCUAGUGUGAAGGAAGCGAGCAUCCAUUGCAGAAAAAACAUAACUUGAUUCGCUACCUCCAUAACCCGUAUAAACCACCAAAGAAAUGAUUUCCUUUGUAUACUCACUUUUCUCCCAAAAUCUUUAAUUAUUCGAAUAAAUUGAGUUAAAGUAUAAAAA